ACCAACGCCUGUCUCCUUGUUUCUUGCUUUUUUCACUGAUUGCAUUACACUAUUCGUUGUCUUAAAGUAACGGGAUUUUCUUUUCAUUUCUUCUGAUAACUGGGUUUUCUUUUAUUUUUUGUUUUUGUUGAUCUUUUUUAUGCAAUUCUCUUCUUUUAGUUCUUUCAAUUACAGGGUUUAUCUUCUUUUUACUUGUGAAUAUCUGGGCUUUUCUUUGUUGUUUUCUCAAACAAAAGUUGAUUGGCAGUGUAUAUUAUAUUGUUUAUUGGUAUACUCAAGCAACAAGUUGAGUUUCGAUAAGUUAUUGCCACGAUGACGGAAAUAGUUGGGCCAAGGUUGUACAGUUGCUGCAAUUGCAGAAACCAAGUUGCCCUUCACGACGAUGUUAUAUCCAAGUCUUUUCAGGGGAGAAACGGUCGAGCUUUUUUAUUCUCCCACGCAAUGAACGUGAUGGUGGGUCCUAAGGAGGAUAGACAACUGAUGACUGGUCUUCACACAGUGGCUGAUGUUUACUGUCGCGAUUGUCGAGAGGUAUUGGGUUGGAAAUACGAGCGGGCUUAUGAGGAAACUCAGAAGUACAAGGAAGGGAAAUUCAUUCUUGAGAAGUCGAAAAUUGUCAAAGAGAACUGGUAGUACCAAUGUAAAAUUUCCGAACAAUUUCUCCUGAUCUAGCAAGUAAAUGGAUGCCUUUGUGUGUUUUUCUUCUAUUCCUGGUUGAGCGCAUUUCACGUAUUGCUCUUCCUGUGCAUUCUUGUUGUGUUCCUUGCGUGGAUAUCGUACCAGAUGUUAUUCAUUUUGUUAAUAAAUUGUGAAUGGAUUCUCUUA